AUGCUGCAUCGUAGCUGCGUGCUGGCGGACAGCUUUAAGGAGCACUACCACAGAGUGCACCUGCCACGCCGCCUUGCCCUGCAACAGUACAUGAAGCGGGAGGAGGCUCGCCUCAGCAAACAAAAGGGCAAAGUGGCGGCGGCCGUUUCAGGAGCGCAUCGGGGCGAGGUGGUCUACAAGUACAACCGCUGGUGGGUAUCGAACGAUCACGAGUUUGUGCACCAAUUCGCGUUUGUCGAGGACCCCGACGUCACGCGUGAGAAGCGCACGACGUUGCCCCUUGUCACACAGGAGAACAUCUGGAAGGAGCCGCAGCAGACAUUCUUCUUGCCUUUUGCCCCCUUCGUACGUGUCGUGGACUACGCGAAGGACCCGGACACGAAGUUCUUGAAGCCGGUGAACAUCCCGCGUUGGAAGGACUACAUGCAGCGCACAAAGCCAGUCGUUCCCCGCACUUGGUACUAG